AUGGAUCAGGUUUUGCAAAGCUCCGAACUCCUCACUUUGAUCCUUGAUAUGAUCCACCAGAAUGAUAAGAAAUUGCGUGCCCGCCACAAAUCUUCUCUGGUACCUCUGGCACGCGUAAGUUCUCUCUGGCGGGAUGUCGCACAUCCAAUCUUAUGGGCAGCGCCAGACGUUGAAGCCCUAGCAAAAAUCAAGAGCGAGCGCCGACAGCAAUACGCAACUCAUAUUCGCAGACUAGAUUUUAGCACCCUCGAAGCCCGUGCAGAUCCAUCUUUACACACUCUGUUCGCAAAUCUACAGUUCCCGAAGAUCAAAUCGCUCGUCUUGGGUCAUUACGGACCAAUAUCCGGCGUUCUAGACCCCGGAAUAUUUCGUCCUUUGCCAAUACACAAAGAUUGGAGUAUAUCGACGUCUCAGUACUUCCACGAAACACUCGAGGAUCUGUCACUGCUUUCAUGGGACUCGAUAUGUACGAGAAGCUUUUUCGUGCACCUCGCGGAGAGAUGCCCUCAUCUCAAGAGUGUUGAGUUCUCGGCGAUCGGUACUCAGCUACUACCUGAUGAUCUACUGGACUACUUUCGCGCUAGUAGUCACCUUGAGAGUAUCCAACUUCGUCUUGGACCGGAACCGAAUAGUGCGCUGAUCACUGGUGACUUGCUGCUGCAUUUCUCGGGGUUGACCAAGCUUAAGUAUCUUCUGAUUGACAACGAGUUGAGUCGACCAGAGUUCUUCUGGGCGAUCAAAAAGCAAAACAUUAACCCCUUUCAUUGCCUAAAGCGGGUUGAUUUGAAGGCGACAUCGACGGUAAUGUCGGCAGCCGCGCAUGUGUUGCCCAACGUCGAGUAUCUCGAUCUAAUUCUUCUAAACGAUCAUGGCUCAGGCUUACAAAGUCUAUCCGUUAUGAAAAGUCUACGCCGCCUGUUCAUACGCGUGACCAGGUCGACGACACUCACUCCGGAUGUGUUGCUCGCAUUACAAGCUCUGCAUAGGCUCGAGGUAGUUUGCGUGGAAAGGUGGGUACGUGAAACUUCAAUAGAGGCACCGAAUUUCACGGAUUCCGAUUUCGACCGCAUGUUAUCUGGGCUCGGCGAACUAAGAGAGAUCGUGUUCGAGGUCGACUGGAAACCAAAGUCCUUCUCAGUAUUGUCAAGUCUCUCCAAGCAUUGCCCCAAUUUGGAGGACCUGCAAUUAUAUGGAACCUUCGAUCUACAGGCUCUUGGUGACAUACCAACGGUCAUGUUUCCGAGACUGAGAAACCUCGAUUUGAUGCAGAGAGAGAUCGACCAAGUACCUGUUCGCUUGACUCCAAUGCAGGUUGCUCGUCUCAUAGAUUAUCACGCUCCUAUGCUUGAGGAUCUAUACCUGUCGGAUGAAAGUGACGAGAGGUCGAUCACAGCGGCUUGGAGCAAAUUUCGUGCCUAA